CGGAGUUGACAGGGGCUUGCUUUGCUUUCACUUACCCCGUAUUCUGAACGGAAGAUUCAGGAUGAGGCUAUCCGGUGAUCGGCCUGCAAUGCUAUAUCACGAAUAAUAUGUAUCUCCUACUAUGCGUGAACUGGUUUGGACCAGUUGUUACGGGGAUUGAUUACUGGUCGCCCAUCUCUGUUGGCUUUCGGGCGGCAUAUUAUUUGUUCUUUUCUACUGUGUUGACCAUUUUCCUUCAUUGCUUGUAUUCACUUUCCUUGCUGCUAAUAGUCUACGCCUGUAUGCAGUACCUGCGGUAACAUAUACUGUACAUACAGUGUACUGACUCGUACCGAACGAAUGCAGAACAGACCACAUGACCUCGUGU